CUAAUCUUGACCCAAUUACAUCCGUGUCAGAAUACGUAUACCUCAAGAACAUGACAUGCAGACAGAUAGUGAUGAUUUUGGAAGAAUGAUGACUCAAGGCACUUUUGUUUCUAGCUCAACUGAAUGUAACUGGUAAGAUGUGAUUGUAAAGUUGAAUCAUUUUCCCAUCAAAAUGACAAGUCUAUAUUAGUCAAUUCCCCGCUCCUAUCUUGUUUGUCAAUGUUGUAGACAACUAGAUUGUCUGUAUUUUUAUGGAAUUAUGACUUGAAUUCAUUCAUCCUAUGCGUCCUACCUCCCAUAUAGCAUCGUCACAUUGGUGUUUGUUAAUUUUCUGGAACAUGAAGGAUCAAGAAAAUGGCAUCCACACUAUGAUGAGAUAUGUUAUGCCUACCACAUUGUCGUGUUUAUCUACUAUACGCAAAACUUAAAUUAAAUUGCAGUUUGAAAAAUGGUACCGUGAAAUGCUUGUUCUUCAUUAUCCAUUUGUAUUUUGUAACUGCUUAUUCCAUUCAGAGUUGGAAGGAAAUGAAGCCCACCUCGGCUGACUGAAAUCAAGCAAGUGUAGAGCUUCAAUAUCAGUAUUACUCUGGUAAAUGGUGACCCCUGACUGGUAGUUAAACAUUCCGUGGAGUGCGUUUGUUGUAUUGUGCAGGGUUUUACUGGGCCCCCUGGCGACACCUUUGCUUUAUUCCAGCUCGUAGUUAAGCCGAAUUUGUCAGUGAUGAGGAAAACAUUUUAGACCUCACACAGGUAAGCUAUUUUUAGAAUUUCAUUAUAUUUGCUGCGUUCAAAUGCAAAAAAAUGAAAUAAAAGAUUUUAAUUAUUGCUGCUUGCCCAGAAAAGACAACAUUAGAGGUAUUGCAUGUUUAAAAGAUUAGGCUACACACAGAAGCUUAGUGUGUUACUCCCAUCGUCUUCACUCAGCUCGCCUGUCUCAGCUAAUGUGUAAGGACCGUAAUGGAUUGACUCCUUACUGAACAUCAUGACUCGACUGACUUCCCAGAUCUGCAGGCUUUGCCAGAAACGUUGCAAAGGAGCGGAAAAGCAAUGAGGUUUCAUCCCCUGCUGCUGCUGUUUUUUACAUCCUUGCAGAGUGCAACUUCUCAGGUGUCUGAAUGGAUCGAAGAGGUAGAAGUUAGUGUAGGUGACACCGAAUGGAUUGGCCCACCAGAUUUCCUAGGUGACCUCUACUGGUCAGGGACAGCCCCACUUUGUCUGCCGGGCUGCAAGGCGCGCCACCAUGAACUCAAGCGAGAUCCCUGUGGCGACUCAAGCUGCUGCUGGCUGGGUUACAAGUCUCUGUGCAGAGUGAACUGCGGGAAGCCAGAUGUGGAUUUUAAUGGAAUGGUGGAUGGAGAUGACUGGUGGGUGGGAUCUGUACUGAGGUACUCCUGUCUUCCUGGCUUCAUGCUAGUGGGAAACGACACCCGGACUUGCCAAUCUAAUGGCCUAUGGACGCCGAAACCUUUCUGCCUCAGAAUGUGCAAAAAGGGGUCCAUUGAAAUCAGUGAGAGGGAACUCAAUGGAACCUGCAACGCUACCUGUGAAUAUAAAAGCUACUCGGGUCCUCCCAAACAAGGCUGCGCUCAGAUACACAACUGCAAGAAGAAGGAGACCGGCUGGAAGCGUUUCUUCUCUCAGUGUAUCCCUUGCAUCUGCGACUGUGCUUUAUCAUGCUUAUCUGUAGGUUAAAUAAAGUAACAGGAGACAUCCUCUGCAGAACACAAGGACAGCAGAUCGUUCAUCUGGUGUAACUGAGCUUUAAAGCCAACGCAAGUAACAUUAAUUGAGUCAAUCUUGAUAUCUUUAUUAUGCCUAUAUCUAUAUUAAUUGGACCAGGCCGAUC